AUGGCUGGUAAACGCAGCACUCAGAGGCGAUUGAAGGUUAUCAAGUUGGCAGAGCGAAGCAGAACUUUAAGAAGAAACGACGUCGGUACUACCGAAGACGGCGUUGGUCAAUCGACCAGUGGUGUCAGCGAUCUAAUAACAUUGAGACGUGGUCGUCGAUCAUCGACGAGGCGAAGGUCGAAGAACCGUAGAAGGCGGAGCCGAACGCGGUCUGGUCGCCGUCGUAUCAGGAGACGUAACAUAGGCAGUACCGAAGAAGACGAAGAUGAUGACUAUGGGACGAAUACAGACGCUGGAGAAGACGACGACGACUCGUCAACGGUAGACGCGACGUCCCGGAGACGUAGGAGAAGGCGAAGGAGUAGGCGAAGGAGCGAUCGGCGUCGUCGCCGUCAAUAUCAGAUCAGUGGAAGCGACGAAGACGACGGCAAUGAUAAUACCGACGCAGAGGCUACCGACGAUACAUCGUCGUUCAGUGGUGGUAGUUCCGUCCUCACAAUGGCUACCAGUGGGUGUGACAGACGCCGCAGGAAGAGAAGGAUGAGAAAGUCUUCAAGACGGCGAUCAAUGGGGAGCAAGACAAGGAAAAGGAGAAGAAGAAGUCGUAGGAUGAGAAGUAGUGGCUGUAACAUCAGCACGUUAUCUACCAUAGCGGAUAGCGAAAUGUCCGACGAUUUGACAGAGACAAGCGGGACAGGCCAUCGACGUACCACGAGCCACAAUCAACCCGGUACCGUGGCCAGCACUCGGCGAGAUGCCAAGAAAUCAAACUUGGCCGGACGCUCUGCUUCUGUCUAA